UUAUUUAUAUUUAGAGGCGGAAUUCCCAGUGAGCUGUGGACUGACUAAUGCUGUAUAUAAGAGAUGUGUUGACAGAAACAAUUCCAAUCAGUCUAGGAGACGCAGCAUCACGGACACAAACUACUAGUACCCUGAUAAGCGCUGAGUCAAAGAGACAAGACAAUGUCUAAUAUCACAGACCUGGACAAGGUGAUAAAAGAGUGGGCAUGGACUUGGUAUACCAAGACGAGUUCCCGAAUCUUCAGGCUGAACUACGAAGAGGCAGACUUGGAGGUCGUGUGGGACAAGGUGAAGGACACGCAAGGAAUUACUGAAACGUAUGACGUCACGCCAGCCGAGGCAGAAUCCAAAGUGCUCUUCACGUCAACGUAUAAGAAUGACACGGAAGAAGAACACGAGCACACGUUUAAAACAGAGCGCGACACGGUGUGCACGUGCUCCACGCAAGUGUCCAAGGGCUUCACCAAGAGCUUUGGUCUCGAGAUUGCGUUAGCGGUCCCCAAUAAAGUACUAGAGGCCACAGCCAAAUUUGGAAAGGAGAUUCACGUGAACGCUACCGACCAGAAAACGAAAGAGGAAAGGUUAAUGUGGUCCGUGGACACGAAGGUGAAGGCGCCUGCGAGGAAACACACCAUUGCCCAGCUGGAGGUUAACGAGGAGAAGUACAAGACGAAGUUCAAGACGACAGUCAGACUCCAGGGAGACGUAGUCGUCAAUAUCCGGAGAGCCAAGGACAGGAAACUGGAAAAGACCAUCGAAAAUGAUAUUGCGACAAUUCUACGAGAUACACGACGUAAGAUACCCGUGGAUGUUCAGAUAAAAGAUAAAUACGUGCUCUGGCCAGUGUCCGGAGAGAUGCAGUUUACCUAUGGCGUGUCUCAAAAUGUCAGAGUUAAAACGGGUCAGCAGGGUGAAGAUGGGAAUCCAGAAUUAGGCCUGUAUCCUCAAAUGUCUCGGUCUCAGAGCAACAGGGUUCUGUAUGGUAUCUAGACAUAUAUCGGGCCAUCGCCGAUAACCUUGGAGCUUUUGUCUUGUUAUUACUUUGAAAAACAAAAAUAACAAUCAAAAACAAAGAACACGGUUUCUGUCAUUUUGUGCUUCUUCUGAAUACCAAUGCGAUACUUAGAACGCAUCUCAGUAUAACUUAGUUGCAUAUUAUGUACUUACUAGCAAGACCCACUAUUGUUAAGAGAACGAACAUUUGGACCAACCAGCUAGCUGCUUCAAACAAUUAUGACUUCAUCUAAAAGAACAUUCCAAAAUGGAUGAACAUUUAACGAAUUCUCAAUGAAUCAAUAGCAACAAGCUGGAUUUACUUUAACACAAUAGUUGGACAUACUGUUGUAAGUUUGAAUAAUACAGUGGCGAAUCAAAAUGAGGCGAGAGCCUGAUGUUUACGGAUUGUAAUUCUUAUAUUAGCUAUGAGUGGAAGACAGUAGGGACAAUCCUAAUAAGAUUUAGUUUUCUACCAAACGAGGGUGAAGUCCAGUGCCAUGUGGACCCACGUAUGCCUAAAUCUACCCCUAUUUCAGAUAUUUAAAACAACUACUAAUACUUCAAACACACACGUAAUGGUGUCUAAUGUCUACAGUUAACACAGAAUCUUUAAUUUAUCACUGAAUUUGAUUUAUUUGUUCAUUUGUUUUUAAAUGUAUAUUUAUUUACAUCUCUAAAUACCCUUCCGUUUCGCUUCUUUGUAUGUACAUGUCAAACUGUAUGUUAGUUGUGUGUAAAGAAAAAAAGAAGUUGUCUCAUAUAUGUGAAAUAAAUAACUCAAUAUGU